ACGAGAUCAUAGACAAACAAAUUUCCGGCAUAAUCACUCUGCACUCUUAACAGGAAACCCAACAAAAUAAAAACAAAAAGACUCUUAGCAGGCCAGCAUUUAUAUUUUUUGACUAAUUAGACUGGCCAGAUUCAAGAUUUGUAAGGAAACACCCAAUGAAUCUCAAGUCUAUCCUUCUGCCAGGUUUCUUCCUGGUUUCGCUGCACCUCCUCACUUUGAUUCAGGGGGAAGAGCAGAAAUCGACCAAUUCUUUUUCGGUGGUGACAAUGGUGCCACUUGUGAAACUAGAAAAAAUACUAAUUGACAACCUUGAGGAAUAUGCCAAAGCCAUGGAUCACAAGCUACAGAUUAUACGCAGAAACAUACAAAAAAUGAGAAGAGAAAAUAAAAAGGCCCAACUGGAUGCCAUAGGCUAUCUAUCCAAUCCUCUGAAUGGCUUUUCUCUCGUCAGGAGACUGCAUCAGGAUUGGGUUGGCUGGCUCCAGUACAUGGUGCAGCCAGUGGGCGCUUCCCAAAUAAGAAACUUGAAUUUUUGGCGGAGCAGGCUUCCCUGUAAAGAGGACCUGCAUGAUGCCUGUGAGGGAUUAGUUCGCAUUCAGGGCAACUAUGAACUUAAUAUUACAGAUAUCAUUCGUGGUAAGCUUCAAGGCAGGCAGCACAAUGCCAGCAUGAGUGCCACUGAUAUCUUUGCUGUGGGUAAUUAUCUUUUAAACACAUCUAGACCCGCUUCAGCUAUUCAGUGGCUACAAGAGGUGGCUAUUCACUCGCAGGAGUCAUUUCUUCCCGCCGAGAUUUCUGUCAAGGCAGACGAGUUGCUUAAGCUCCUUGCCCUGGCCCACGAGCGGAAUCAAAGCUUCCCGAAUGCCUUGGUCUUGAUGGAAAGUUGCCUUAAACUCAGACCCCACGAUGCUGACCUAGUGCGAAAAUGUCGCGAAAUCGAAGAACUCAUGGGAUCACCUUUGAAUGCUACAUUGAAGGAAAAAAAGAAAUCAUAUUUAUCACUGAAAGAAAUGGCAAUUGCCUGCAAUGCCACCCUCAAGAAUCCCACCGGACUCCACUGUUUCUACAACUUUAACACCACAUCAUUCCUCCGCCUGGCCCCGCUCAAGGUGGAGCAGGUGGGACUGCAUCCACAGGUGUUGCUCUACCACGAGGUACUCAGCCCGCGCGAAAUUACCUCGAUUAUUCGCAUUGCGCCACAGAUAAUGCAAGUAAAGACAACGACCACCAUGAAAAAGACCAACUCUCAGACACAUUACCGAACUGCCAAGUUCCAAUGGAUAGAUAAGGAGAUGAGUGAACUGGGUCGACGAAUUAAUAGGCGGAUUGGCGACAUGACUGGCUUUGAUCUGCAGGAUUCCGAGUCUUUUCAGGUAAUCAACUAUGGCAUAGGUGGACACUAUAUUCCACACUUUGAUUUCUUCAACUUAUCAUCCGACCAUUCCAAGAGGAAUGAAGACUAUAUGAUUGGAGGAGAUCGUAUCGCCACAGUGCUUUUUUAUCUCUCCGACGUGGAGCAGGGGGGAGCCACAGCCUUUCCAAAUGCACGUUAUAUCGUCUAUCCCCGAGCUGGAACCGCUCUCUUUUGGCACAACCUGGACACGGAGGGAAACAUAGAUCUCCUUUCAAGACACACUGCCUGCGCGGUGAUUUCGGGCUCCAAGUGGGUGAUGACCGAGUGGAUAAGGGAACAAGCCCAGAUGUUUAUAAGGCCCUGUUUGCCACGGAAAAAGGCAACCUCUACCCGUCUGGGCUGAGAACUAAACGAGAUCAUAGACAAACAAAUUUCCGGCAUAAUCACUCUGCACACUUAACGGGAAACCUAACCAGCUCAGCUUAAAUUCUUUUUAAAAUGCCAACACGGAAAGAAUAAAGUGCUGAGUGGUUGAUAGUCUGCCCGCUCAUUGGGGGGCUAAGGACUGUGGACCUCUGCUCCAGGACCAAGGUAAAAACCAAAGGCCACCGCAGCCACAUUUUAGCAUACUCCUCCAGGCAGACC